AUGGCGACGACAACCAACGGGAUGGACGUAGGGUCCAUUAUGCAACGGCUGACCCAAUCGCAAGACUUUGAUGUGUUCUUGCUGGACCAGUUGGUCGCUGCGGCGUACGAUCCAAUGUCGCCGCACAGAGCCGAUGCCAACAAGGCGCUCAUGCAACUUCAGGGAAUCGAUGGAAUGUGGCAAAAGGCCGACGCUAUCAUGGAGAAAUCGCAAAACCCCAGCGCUCGAUUCUUUGGUCUGCAGAUUCUCGAUGAUGCCAUCAAGACGAGAUGGAAAGUGUUGCCGCCGGAUCAGAGAGACGGAAUCAAAUCGUAUGUGGUUGGGAAAAUCAUCAGCAUGUCGUCGGACGAGACUGUGCUGCAACGGGAAAAGGUCUUUCUGUCGAAAUUGAAUCUCACGCUGGUCGAAAUUCUAAAGCAAGAAUGGCCGCACAACUGGCCUUCCUUCAUUUCCGAUCUCGUCGGCAGUAGCAAAACAUCAGAGCUCUUAUGCGAAAACAAUAUGCUCAUCUUGAAACUCCUAUCGGAAGAAGUCUUUGACUUUUCACGAGAUCAGAUGGUGACGGAAAAAGUAAAGACCAUGAAAGAGAGCCUCAACAGCGAAUUCUCAGCCAUUUACCAUCUAUGCGAUUUCGUCCUAGAACGAAGUCAGCGGCCGAGCCUGCUCAAAGUCACCCUACAGACCUUACAACGAUUUCUGACAUGGAUUCCGCUCGGAUUCAUCUUCCAAACAAAAUUGAUCGACAUUCUAAUCAACAAGUUCUUUGUGGAAGUAAUGUUCCGCAAUGAGGCACUCGAUUGUCUCACAGAAAUCGGGUGCCUGUCGGACUUGGAGCCUCAGUACGACAUUCUCUUUUGUCAAAUGUUCGCAAGCUUCUUGACACGCCUCAAUGACAUCUUCACGCCCGAAACCGACCUGGCACCGGCAUAUGCCAGCGGAACCGAAAACGACCGCCUCUUCUUGCAGAAGCUAUCCCUGUUCCUCUCCGGAUUCAUCAAAGCCCACCUCAAGGCGCUGGAAGGGUCUCCAGACAGCCACCAAGCUCUCAUCACCGGGCUCUUCUACUUGGUGAGAAUAUCCGAAGUCAGAGAAACCGAAAUCUUUAGAAUCUGCUUGGAGGCGUGGCACAUGUUGGCGGAGGACUUGUACAAGUCGGAACAUCCCUACAGCGACAGUAGUGUUUUGAACGGAUCCGCCAACAAUCGCAACAUUAUGGCCAUGGGAAACGCGGCGUCUCCUAGAAAGUACCUAUACAGCCCCGUCUUGAAUGGAGUGCGGCAAGUCAUGAUUGCAAACAUGGCCAAACCCGAGGAAGUGUUGAUUGUGGAGGACGAGAAUGGGGAUAUCGUCCGAGAAACCACCAAAGACACGGAUGUCAUUGCACAGUACAAGACCAUGCGUGACACGCUAGUUUACUUGACCCAUCUCAACUGCGAAGACACGGAAAGCAUCAUGUUGUCCAAGCUCACGGAGCAAGUAGACGGAUCGGCAUGGUCGUGGAACAACCUCAAUACGCUUUGUUGGGCGAUCGGUUCGAUAUCUGGAGCGAUGGCAGAGGACGAGGAAAAGCGAUUCCUUGUUACUGUCAUCAAGGAUCUGCUUGGGCUGUGCGAGCAGAAACGGGGGAAAGACAACAAAGCCGUUGUUGCCAGCAAUAUCAUGUAUGUGGUGGGGCAGUAUCCCCGCUUCUUGAAAGCGCAUUGGAAGUUUCUGAAGACUGUCGUCAACAAGCUCUUCGAAUUCAUGCACGAGUGCCACCCGGGUGUGCAAGAUAUGGCCUGUGAUACAUUUUUGAAAAUUGCGACAAAAUGCAAACGGAAAUUCGUGACUCUGCAAGCGGAGGAAAAUACGCCCUUUAUCUGCGAGCUUGUUGACACACUUCCCAGCAUCAUUAGUGACUUGCAGCCGCACCAAGUCCAGGCUUUCUACGAAGCCGUUGGCUGCAUGCUCAAUGACAGAGGCCCUGCUGUUACCAUCGACCGGCGGGGCAUCUUGGCCAAGCUCAUGGAGUUGCCGAACCGGACGUGGAGCGUCAUUAUGGAACAGGCAAAGGGGAAUGUGGAAACGCUCGUGGCACCCAGCACCAUCAAGGAAAUCAUCAAAAUCCUCAAGACGAACAACCGAGUGUGCGGAUCUGUUGGGCCGCUCUUCCUCCAUCAGCUCCAAGUAUUCUUCCUCGAUAUGCUUAACGUGUACAAGGUUUAUUCUGAGCGGAUAUCAGCAGCGAUCGCACAGCAGGGAGCCAUUGCAACGCAAAUGAGUCUGGUUAGAACAAUGAGAAGUGCAAAGAAGGAAGUGCUUCGGUUGCUUAUUGUCUUUAUCGACAAGAGCGGACCGCCGGAGGCUGAACCGCGAGAAGUAGCGAAGGGUUUCAUUCCUCCGGUGCUCGAUCCCAUCUUGGGCGACUACAAACGAAACAUAGCGGGUGCUCGGGAUCCGGAGGUGUUGACUCUAUUUGCGACAGUUGUCGAAAAGCUGAAGAGCAACGUUGUUGAGGACGUACCAAGGAUUAUGGAAGCUGUCUUUGAGUGCACCCUCACUAUGAUCACAACAAACUUCGAGGACUUUCCAGAGCAUCGAAUCCGAUUCUUUGAAUUCUUGAAGGCAAUAAAUCAGCACUGUUUCCCAGCUCUUUUCAAUAUCCCACCACAACAUCAAAAGCUCGUCGUCGACGCUGUCGUCUGGGCGAUGAAGCACACAGAGCGAAAUAUAUCAGAUACGGGACUUGAAAUCCUUCAUGAGUUGCUGCUGAAUGUGGGAAGAUCUCCACAAGUGGCACAACCUUUUUAUCGAUCAUUUCUUCUUACUCUCAUCCAGGACGUCUUCUCGGUGAUGACGGAUCGUCUACACAAAUCCGGUUUCAAAAUGCACGCGACACUUCUGCGGCUCAUGUUCCAUCUAGUGCAAAUGAAUCAAGUAACCGUUCCUCUCUUCGAUCCAGCAACGCAGCCACCUGGCCAAACCAACCCCGCCUUCCUUCGGGAGCAUAUAUCGUCCCUUCUUAUUACAAGCUUUCCAAAUUUGACCCGUGCGCAAGUUGCCAGAUUCGUAGAGGGUAUGUUCGACAUCAAGAUGGACUUGCCCACGUUCAAGACGCAUCUGCGAGAUUUCCUCAUUCAAUUGAAGGAGUUCAGUGCGGAAGACAACUCUGAGAUGUUCAAUGACGAAACAGAACAAGCGAAACUACAGCAAGAACAAGCUCGGAUGGCGCAACGAAGUGCAGUACCUGGCUUGCUGAAGCCCUCGGAGAUCGACAGUGACCUUUAG